AGCCUCGUCUUUGCUGCUGGACUUUGACACUAGCAGGAGAGCUUUCAAGUUUGAGUGGUGACUUUUUUCUGUCCGUUAAGUCUUCACUCAGAGCACAGCUCGGUGUUGCAUCUGAUCAUGGCGCAGAAAAAUCUAUCUGUGGUGCUGCACGCUCAGGGAGAUCUCAGGCUUGAAAAUCUCCCCGUCCCGGAGCCAGGACCUAAUGAGGUUUUGCUGCAGAUGCACUCGGUUGGAAUCUGCGGCUCAGAUGUGCACUACUGGCAGCAUGGUCGAAUCGGGGACUUUGUGCUAACAAAACCAAUGGUGUUGGGGCACGAGGCUUCAGGGACAGUGGUCAAGGUUGGCUCAGCAGUCAAGCACCUUAAAGAAGGUGACAGAGUAGCCAUUGAGCCUGGUGUGCCCCGCGAGACGGAUGAGUUCUUCAAAAGCGGACGAUACAACUUAUCCCCCACCAUCUUCUUCUGCGCCACACCGCCUGAUGAUGGAAACCUGUGUCGAUACUACAAGCACAGUGCCAACUUCUGCUACAAGUUGCCUGAUAAUGUGACUUUUGAGGAGGGAGCUCUAAUUGAACCUCUGUCUGUGGGGAUCCACGCUUGUCGCAGAGGUGGCGUACGCCUCGGCAGCACUGUGCUCAUCUGUGGUGCAGGACCUAUUGGGUUGGUCACUUUGCUUGCCGCCAAGGCAAUGGGGGCCUCGCAGGUCAUCAUCACCGAUCUGUCCCCAGACCGUCUGUCAAAGGCCAAGGAGCUGGGCGCAGACUUCCAGCUGACAGUGAAGAGAGCAGAUUCGCCACAGCAGCUGGCCAAGAGUGUUGAGGACAUGCUGGGAGCUCAGGCUGACGUCACCAUCGAAUGCACUGGUGCUAAGAGCUGCGUCCAGACUGCCAUCUAUGCAACACAUUCAGGAGGCGUGGUGGUGCUGGUGGGUCAUGGUCCUGAGAUGGUCACCAUCCCUUUGAUUAAUGCUGCCACGAGAGAGGUGGACAUCAGAGGGGUCUUCCGCUACUGCAAUACCUGGCCGAUGGCCAUCUCCAUGUUGGCAUCAGGUAAAGUGAACGUCAAGCCCCUCGUGACCCAUCGUUUCCCUCUGGAGCAGGCUCUGCAGGCCUUUGAGACCACUCGUCAGGGCAUUGGGAUAAAAGUCAUGUUAAAAUGUGACCAGAAUGACCCGAACCCCUGAACUGACCUGCUGCAGUGGAACCAAACAACCAAGAGCGACUCAGCAUGACAGGCACAAACUGGACAUUGACCUCAAGUAAGAUAAAAGAUCUAGUUCAAAGAGAUGCACUAAUAACAGCACUUUGAAACACAACUGACUGCUGUGUUGCCUGCAGGUCAGAUAUGUAAUCAGCAUCAAACGGUACGACUCUUUCAUGAUGCUCAAAAUGAUUUUAUAAUCAUCACUUUAAUAAUUGUAUCACUGCAAGAAAAUGCAGUUUAAACAUUUUAACUGUAACAGAUUAAUAAUAAUAAAAAAUAACAAUCAUA